CGCAUUAGAUUAUCAAUGUUGUAGCAAUUGGAGUGUGAUUUAUAAGAGUUUUUAACAAUUUACGAUGAAAUAUUAAUUAUAAAAGGAUUUAUAGUUUAGAAACAUGAGUCUUCUAGUUAAAAGUGUUUCUAACAUCGCUAAAUAUUGUUUAAGAAAUAACAUUCAAGGAAAUGCACCAAAUUUACUGCGCAACUACGUUUAUAGUAAAAAUACAGGAAAUACUACUUCUAUAAUAAAUCGUUUCUCACAUUCAAACUGUGCAGCUGCAUUAUGGAACACAGGGAAAUUAAAUAUAAUGUCUAAUAUAAUGAAGUCAUUUAAUACGACACAGGGAUUAUCGGGACUUCAGUGUACCAGAUAUGGAAGUUCUCUUUGGCAAAUGCAUAAAAGGGGACCGAGAAUUAAAAAACGUAAAAGGCCAAGGCCAUUGGAUGGGAAUCCAUUUUUAAAAGGAGUCAUUCUUAAAACACUUAUUAAAAAACCAAGGAAACCAAAUUCAGCAAACAGAAAGUGCGUUCUGGUUCGUCUUUCAAAUGGGAAAGAAAUGACUGCUUUUGUGCCAGGGGUUGGACAUAAUUUACAGGAGCAUAACGUUGUUCUCGUCCGAUGUGGGAGGGUGAGGGAUUUGCCAGGAGUAAAGGUGAAAUGCGUCAGGGGCAAAUAUGAUCUUCCGCAUGUAGUGAAAAAGACUCAAUAGAUUAUUUUUAUGUUGUUUGAAUUGGUUAUUAAAAAAAAGAAGUGUAAUUUCA